AUGGGCAACAUCCUGGCCGCCGGCUCCCCCCCCUCCCCCCCCCCACCGCCCCUCCCCCCCCUCCUGCCGGUCCCCCCCGGUUUUGGGGGGCCCCCCCCCCGUCAGUGGGUUGGGGCCCCCCCCCCCCCCGCCCCACGGAGCCCGGGGGGGACCCCCCUGCCCAACCCCGGCGCCUUCGAGGAGUGUCACCGCCGCUGCAAGGAGCUCUUCCCCGUCCAAAUGGAGGGCGUCAAGCUGACGGUGAACAAGGGGCUCAGCAACCACUUCCAGGUGAACCACACAGUCGCCCUCAGCACCCUCGGGGAGUCCAACUACCAUUUCGGGGCGACCUACGUCGGCACGAAGCAACUCAGCCCCACGGAGGCGUUCCCGGUGCUGGUGGGGGACAUGGACAACAGCGGGAGCCUCAACGCCCAGGUCAUCCAUCAGCUGACGACGCGCCUCCGCUCCAAAGUGGCCUUCCAGGUACAGUUGGGGGGCCCCCCCCCCCCCAAAAAGGGGUCCCCCCCCGAUAAAGGAGGGUCCCCCCAAAAAAUGGAGGGAUUU